UCAAUUUUAUCCACCCAUCAAUAAGAUGUUCCACAUAACCUUACGAAUUCAAUUGAUCAAUUGCACGGCCGAAAUCAAACCGUCGGACACGAGUUUUCCUCCCCUAUAUAUAUGGCUGCGCAUGCAUUCCAUUUGACUUGGGAUAGACGGCAUGUCCGUCGGCCGACCUAAAUUCUCAUGGUCAUUUCCUAAUUAAGGAUUUCUUAUUCCCUCGGGACCUUUGGAUUAUUUUAUAACAAUUGAAAUAUAUAACGUGAAGAACAAACAACAACUAGAACCAUAAUGCAACUUUUUUUUCCUAAUUGUGUACUAUUUCAUUCGUCAUUUGAUGUUGUUGUGUCUGCUGUCUCCUUUUCCCUGUUCGUAAUCCUAAUGGGAUCCUAAGUAGGGACAAGACAGCACCACUCUCCACUUAAAUUAUAAUUUUAUUAUUUCCCCACAUUUGACAAUUCAAAGCCUCAAGUCAAACGUUUUUGUUAUAAUAAAACCGUCCCCAAAGCCAUCCAAACUUUCCGUUCAUUUGCCGGCCGGUUUCACUCCAAAAGAAAAGCACGAUUAGAUUAAAUUAACCACUAGGUUUAGGUAAUUUACCUGCAUGCUAUAAUUAAUUAAAGCUGGCUUUACGUGAAAGGCUAUAGUUGUCAAAAGGAUUAUAUAUAAGUAAAAAAGUCAGUUUCAGUUAAAUGAUUAAUUAAGAAAAAAACAGGUCAAAGUCGGUAAAUCUGGUGAAUGUGAUGUGCUCAAGAUGAGAAAAGUCAGCCUUUUGAUGAGUAGGAUUUAUUAUAUAAGUCAACUAUUGCAUAUUCAAAUUAAUAAUCCAAAGCGGCUUAUUAAUUCAUUUAUUGAUAAAGAAUUUGGAUGAAUUAUUGGGAAAAUUUUUUACGGAGGAAAGCAUGGGAUGCGUAGUUUGAUAGUUGUCGCUUCUACACCGCGAAGUCUGUGACGACUUACGAUUCUUUAGAAUUGCUCUUACAACUUUGAGAAGGAGAAGAAAAAAAUGUGUUGAAAACGUCAGUCUUGAGAAUGGAAGUAUUGUAGAAGUAGUUAUUGAUAGAGAAAGUGAGUGGCGGCCAUUUUCAACAUCUUACUUCACUCGAAUUGGUUUUCAUAGUUCGGUUCGCUCCGAUAUAACUCGACGACAAAUUGAAACAGAGAAACUUCUAAAUUUCUCUACGAUGAAGGGAAGUUCCAAAUCCUUAUAUAAUUGUCAGUUAAAUCGUGGUGGCUGAUGAUUUCACAACACAGAAUCUGAUCAAACCACAACCGGCCAUAUGAAAUGCAAACUAUUAUUAAUCACCUCAUCAACUAAUUAACUAACUUCAAGCUCAUAUUCGGGUACACACAUAUCAGGUUAGAAAUGUUAGUGUGUGGUAUAUGAUUCACGAUUGAACCUCUCCCAAUAACUCGAGUUAUUGGGACUAACUGGUUUUUGACAUGGUAUCAGAGCCAUAUGUGACCCACAGGUCUUGUGUUCGAAUUCUCACGACCCCUAUUUGUUAAGCACGUGAUAUUCUUGUCUUCAGGCCUGUGCAAACUUCAAGCCCUUGUGAGUGACUUUCGUUUGAAGGAGUGUGUUAGUGUGUGGUAUAUGAUACACGAUUGAACCUCUUUCAAUAACUCGAGUUAUUGGGACUAACUAGUUCUUGACAAAAAAAGCUUGAAUGCUACAAGUUACUAGCCGGUGGAUUCUCAUAUUUGAGGACAUUAUUUGCUGUUUCACAAUGUUCAAACAUUGAAUAGGGCAGUAAUUGGCCGGAGGAUCGAAAUCAUCGUCGUGCCGACGACUUGUCGGUCGGUAGUAGGUGGUCGUGAAAAAACUGAAAAAGCAAAAGGAAACUGGCAGUUGGCUUCCACCGAAACUGAAAGAGAAAUUUCACCUGUUUUUUCCUACUGUAGUGACGACCGUCCAGAUGAUCGGCUGACUGCCACGUGGCACGGCUCGGCCGUCGGAUCCCAUGCAUGGGUCCGGUUCCACGUGUCCGACACACAUCUGAAUCUCUUCCCGCCAUUUUCCAUCCCUUUCAUUUAUACACUUAUCAUCACUAGUUCACGGUGGUGACCAUAAUAAAAGACUUCCCUACCAAAUCUAUCUAGUGGGUAACUAACUGGAAAAUUAAGGAUCUUCACUCGAUCAAAUUUGGGGCUUGUUUUUCAAUUUGGUGAGCUGCCCCCAUGUCAUGUCAGAGCUCCAAUUUCUUAUAUCAUAUUAAUAUUGUCCGAGUUUCGCCACGAACUGAUUAACAGUCGGUCAGGAAAAAUUACAACGACUGUCCAUAGAUGCGGGAGAUGCAGAAGAUCCGAUCUCAACAUAAGAGAUCGGUAUCUCUGAUGUGUAGGCGAUUCGUCUCUGGCUAUCAAAAGUGAUAUUUUCGUUGUAUUGCAUGAAUCGUUUCGUAAGGCUAACGCCGGAUGACCAAGAUACAUAUAGAAGGCCAAUUGGAGACCCUAAUGACCUACAAAUUUUCGCGCAUGCAAACAAUGGAAUGUUGAUAUAGAAGCAAACGCUCGGCAUGCAUCGAUUUCGGUUUGAUCACACGAAACGAAAAAAAUGGUUGGACCGAUGAGUUUAGUAAGUCUUUCCCCUCUUAUGGGCCCGGUUAUCAGCGAGCAGCCCAUGGCCCACACAGGUGGUGCGAAAAAAAGUCAGUGUCAUGGGUGAAAUUUUCAUGUGCAAUGGACUGGGCUCGAUAUCGGCGACCCAAUGAAUGCGGGUGUGGGGGCCGGCCGGCCGGCCGGCCGGCGGGGACAGUAAAGUGGUUAGGAGCCGGUCGCCGGCCGGUACAAUCAGGCACGUGGUGUGGGGAAUCAAAAAACUCAAAAAGCCUUGGCCACUUGAUCAUUCAAAUGCAUUGGCCAAUAGUCAACCGACGAUGAUGAGAUGGUUCAACCAAAAGGAAAAGGCUCGAAAUUAUUACUACCACACUUCACCAGUCAGCCAGCCCAGACGACAGGUGGAAACGAAGUCGUGAAUUCUACUACUCCAAUUCCUUGCAUGUGUAUUCGAUUUCCUGUCCCAAUGUCCCAAUUCCAUGUGGGUUUGGUUGAUUAAUGUUUCUGACAAAUUUUUCUUCUUCUCAUAUGGGUAUACUUCUUGUUCAAACAUUGAGCAUUUAGAUCAUGGUUUGUACAUUGAGCACUUACAUCUAUACAAUUUGGGUCUGACUAAUUUGUUUAUAGCUAGAACCGACAGAUUCAGAUUCGCAUUAGACAUGACUAAGAGAAAUAAUCUUUAAACUGAUUGACCCGAUUAGGUUAAGAUUGAUUCGAUGUUCUUUCCUGCAGGUUUAAGGUGUGUCGUUUUCCCUCUCCCUAUAAUCCUAUAGGGUCCAAGUCAAGAUGUUUAUAGUUCCGCCCUCAUGUAUCAUUAACCCGUCACUCAUUAAUACAAUAUCAACAUUAUCAUCUGAUUACAGAUUCAGAGCAAUACCUAUUGGUACCCUCUUCAACUUCUACUUUCAUAUAGAGAAAUGUAGAGGAGAAGUGUUAUGAUUUUCCGGACGAGGAGUUUAACAGUGUACUUUAACACCGACAACAUGAUAGAUUAUUAAUCUUCAAACGAGUUGCAAGACAAAUUUCGCGCGAGGCGAAAUUUUGUUUAUUGAUCAAUAAUUUUUUUACAUUUCCUUCGUUGUUCUGUUGAGAUUUUGCGAUCCAAAUGAAUGAUAACAAUUUUUAGGUUAUGCUCAAGGUUGUCAAACCGGUUUGUGCCAGUGUGCCGGUUUAGCAAGUGGAAUGGUUCGACCGGUGGUACAUACCGGUUUGUGCCGGUUCAUGCCGGUUAAUAUUACAAAUAAUUUACAAAUACUCAUAUUUAAGCACGACAUUUAACGUCAAUACCUAAAUAUUUGUACUUGAAUCCAACAAAUAACAUCAACAUUUAACUUUUUAACACAUAAAAUACAUAAUAAAUUACUUUUUAUCAAAUAAAUUCACUAACAUAAGAUCAUUUUACUUAGAGAUUCAUAUAUCGAUCAUGCCAGUCAUGCCGGUUAUACCGGUGGUAUCAUACCGAUUUUAUGACCAGUAUAGGUUGAAUCAGGUUCAACCAGUAGCACGCCGACCGGCUUGACAACCAUGGUUAUGCUACAAUACAAUGCAAACCAUCAGUAUAGAAUUCGAAAGAAGGGAGGGAAAGCAAAGGAAAGAAAAAGGUGGGCGUGAAGAAGGCAGAUUAGUGUAUGGGGGAAGUGCAUGCAAACGCAAGAAUAUCAGGCGAUGGUGAUUGGUGACACUAGCUUUAGAUAACAUAAUACAAUCAACACUGCGGCUACCUUAGCUCCACGCAGAGAGAGAGAGAGAUAGGGGACCAAUUUCAAUUUAUGUAAGGCUUUUGGAGACUACCAAAAGGAAAAUUGCACACCUCCCACGAACACAUUGGAAUUACAUCACUUCAAAAUAUAGAUACAAUCCAGGGAAAAUAAAUAAAAAAUGACAUAAAAGAGCAGAGUAGCUAACCAAAUUCAAGCACCAACAUAGCAUCUCAUUUUGAUGGAUAACAUACAUGAGUCAUCAUACAAAUUCGUUGCUGAAAAUUUCGAGUUCAUCAGACAUCUCGAUACAAGAAAUCGGACAUUGAUUUUCUCUUGUUACAAGGUCAAACAAUGAUGCCCUAUAUACAACAUGUGGCAGUCCACCACCCUGAAUUCGAACUCUCAAAACCAGGCUCGGGUUCCGCUUGUUAAAACCGAUCACUUCACAUUAAUACAAUCCCAAAGUGAUACAUUCUCGAAGAGCCGUAUAUUCUUCUUGUUGAUCAAGGAUUAUUACAAUAUCGGGUAACCCCGUCAUAUAUUGAAUCCCCCAGAUAUGUUUGCAAGUGAGAGAAUUGUCUCUUUAAUCGAGAUAUAUAGUCCGCAUGUGAAUACAUAGGUACAAAAGAA